ACCAAUGCACGCACAUACACCGCGGGGGGCGCCGACGGAGAAGCUUGCGUUCAGCUUCACAUGGGCUUCUGCCGGUGUUCUGUCGAGUUUGGCUACCGUAGUGCAAAUCGAUAGCCAAACCCUAACCACCCUCGAUACUGUAGUACGUCUCGAUAGUUAACGCCGGGCGUGUGUUUGCGUCUUGUGAACGCGCAGUGCGGGAUCCUGUUAGGCUCUGCGCCAGUCGGUCGCUUCUGUUACGCUUUACGGCUGUUGGACUUCAAACCGGAACAUUUGCGCUUCGGAACGCAAAUUGGUAGGAGCUAGGAUUUCAGCAGUCGCUGUCACUGCAAGCGGGGAUGGCUCUCUCUGGCUGGGUGUGUGUCGUGACGGGGGCUUCAAGGGGCAUCGGCAAAGGCAUUGCCCUGCAGCUGUCAGAGGCCGGGGCUACCGUCUAUGUUACCGGCCGGAAUGAGAAAACGCUGAAGGAAGCGGCUGCAGAGGUGAAGCAGAGGGGCGGAGACUGUGUACCGGUAGUUUGUGACUCGUCGAAGGAGGAUGACGUCAAACAUCUGUUUGAGCGAAUCACACGCGAGCAGAGGGGCAGACUGGACAUCUUGGUCAAUAAUGCCUAUGCAGGGGUACAGACAAUUAUGGAGAACAUGGGGAGGAAGUUCUGGGAGACAGAUCCUUCUGUAUGGGAUGUGAUCAACGAUACUGGGCUCAGAGGUCACUACUUCUGUUCUGUGUAUGCUGCCAGAAUGAUGGUACCACAAGGUCGCGGACUCAUUGUGGUCAUAUCUUCUGCAGGAGGAUUGAAGUACGUUUUGAAUGUCCCAUAUGGGGUGGGCAAGGCAGCUUGUGACAGGCUAGCUGCGGACACAGCGGUGGAACUAAAGGGCAAAGGUGUGGUGUCAGUCAGUCUGUGGCCUGGAAUUGUGAAGACGGAGCUCAUGGUGGACUACAUGCAUAGGAAUGAUGAACCCCAAAUCAGUCCUACGUUUAGAAAUGAUUUUGCCAAUGGAGAAACUCCAGAAUUGAGUGGAAGGUGCAUCGUUGAACUGGCCAAAGAUAAAAGUCUGAUGUCACUGACUGGGAAGGUUCUCAUGACAUGUGACCUGGCCAGGCGCUAUGGGUUACGGGAUGUUGAUGGUCGCAGUGUAACUGAUUACACCUCCUUAAAAUUCAUCCUCACCCAGGCCUCCUACCUGUCCUGGCUCUCUGUCAUCAUGCCCUCCUUCCUCAGGGUGCCCAGAUUUGUUCUUAACCUGGUCAGCGGGCGCUUCUGAACUGUCAUAUUAAUUGUUUUCCUUUGUUACGAUUUUAUAACCAAUGACUUGUUUUUCUUUAUCCUAAUAAGGUGUGUUAAAAUAUUUUUUGUUAAUUCCAGUAGAAGGUUUUAGCUGAAUUCCAGUAAAAUUUUCCACUGGUUCCAGUUAGAUUUUUUUUUUGUCUAGCUGAAUUAUUCUAUUAAUUAGGGUUAGAAAUAAUGAAUGGACAGUACCCGUAAAUUUACAUAAAAUGUAAACUGGAUUUUCCAUUGGAAACUGACAUUUUCAUAUUAUUCUCUGUAAUAUAAUCACUUUUGCCCAUAUAUCAUAAUCAUGACUUCAUUGGAUUGUACAGCCAACAACUGCCAUCUUACUUUAAAAAGAAGCAUCUUGGAUGUCAUUUCUUUACCUGCAUCACUGCAAAAGACAGGAUUGAUGACAUUGAUUUAAAUGUAGCUCUUGGGGAAGUUUGUCGCUUUAGGACAUUCCGUGUGUGUCAUUAAGAAGCUUCUCGUGUGGCACCAGCACUGGGAAAAAUGAGCAGAGUAUGAUGGAUGAGCAACAGUGGCAUACCAGAGAAGGUCAAAGAACAGAAGAUUCUAGUAGCAGCAAGCAAUACAUUCAGUUCAAUUCAAUUUAUUUUUAUAUAGCUCCUUUCACAGCAGAGUCGUCCCAAGGCGCAAUACAUGAAAACAGAAAAGUCCUUCGAGGCUUGGGGGAAUUCUUGGCACAAUUUUGUUCCUUUAAUUUUGCUAAUGCUGGCAAGUCCAAUGUUGUGAGUAGUAUGGGUCAUGGGUUUCUGUGCGAUGGAAAAAAAUAAGGUCACAGGAGUCACCCUUCAGCAUGUCCUCCGCAAAUCAGCAUUUACUAGAGCUGGGCUGAGUCUAUUUCUGUCUGCAACAAGAGUCAGGGUUGUUCCCUGGAGUCAAGGCAUGAUUAGGUCCCUUAGCUGGGGAUUUAGGAUUAGCUUGUUGAGCUGAAGUCUCAUUGGAAAGCUGUGUUUUUUUUCCAAGUCAGGUCGAACAUCCAAGGAGCCAAACACUACACUUCAUCCUCCAGCUGGAAUCCAGUUCUGGGAAUUUCGCAGUGAAUGUGUUUUCCUGACAUGGCAGUUUUUAACAAAAUGGAUACAGGAUUCUACAUUAUCCUAGCAAAUAAUACUUGAGUAAAGAUGCAGCCAGCCUUAUUAAAAUAAAAUAUGGAAAAAAUGCUGUAACCAUA